AUGCUGUACGCAGUGGGGCUGGGCAAGGGCGCCAUCCCAGCAGCAGCCGCGGUCAACUGGGUCCUAAAAGACGGGCUGGGCUACGCUGCAAAAGUCACGCUCUCCCAGUUCGGCCGCCAUUUCGACGUCUCCCCCAAGCGCUCGCGCCUGCUCUCCGACCUCUUUGAGAACCUCUCCGCCUCCCUCGAGCUCCUCACAGCCACCUUCCCGCAGUACUUCGUCCAGCUGGCCGCUGCAGCCGGGGCAGGGUUCUCUGCUUCCAGCCUCGUGCAGAGCGCCACGAGAAACCGGUUCUACGCCGGGCUGGCAGGCAGAAGAAAUUUCGCCGAGAAUCUCUCCGCUUCCCUCGAGCUCCUCACGGCCACCUUCCCGCAGUACUUCGUUCAGCUGGCCGCCGCUGCCGGGGCGGGGUUCUCUGCCUCGAGCCUCGUGCAGAGUGCCAUGAGAAACCGGUUUUAUGCCGGGCUGGCAGGCAGAAGAAACUUUGCCGAGGUGCUAGCACGUGCAGAGGCACAGGGCAUGGUCUUGGCGCGGGCAGAGGCACAAGGCAUGGUGAGCAAGACAUUGGGGAUGGCUCUAGGCAUCGCCAUUGCUCCUCACGUAGGCACCAGGGGUCCUCUGCUGUGGCUGAUCCACGCAUGCCCUGCUGUCCGGCCCACCCAUGUGAUUGUACUUCACUUUCUGCUCCUCCCCUUCCUCUCCCCACAGGUGCUAGCACGCGCAGAGGCACAGGGCAUGGUGAGCAAGACAUUGGGCAUGGCCCUGGGUGCUAGCACGCGCAGAGGCACAGGGCAUGAUAUUGUCCUGGCAGAGUACGUGGCCAAUGGCAGGGUGCCAGGUGUCAUCGAAGCGUCCCCUCCACCUCUCCCCGGCACAGGUAGCGAGAACUGGAUUGAGUUCGGAGUGCCCUUGGCAAGUAGGCAGCAGUGGCUCACACAGACAGACGUCUCAACACUCCCUUACUCCCAUUCCACCCGAACCCCCUCCCCUCCUCCCCUUUCCAGGCCUCUCCCCCUCCUCGUCCAGGCACAGGCAGCGUCUCCUCCACCCCUUCCCGGCACAGGGAGUGAGAACUGGAUCGAAUUUGGGGUGCCCUUGGCCGCAGUGGCGCACACAGAGCGGGAGGCUGAGACCAUGGCUGAUAUAUUCCGAGGAGAGAAGUACCUGCUUGGGCGGGACGAGCGUGUGCUGUGCUGUGAUGUGCAGUGGGAGGAGGCAGAGGCGGUGGCUGGGAUGGGAUAUGCCGAGGAGAGAAGUACCUCCUUUGACAGGACGAGCGUAGUGUUGAAGGAGGGGGCCCUCCCAAAGGACUUCCUCCGAGCGGCCCUACUAGCCGCCUACCUCCGCACGCUCUCUCCACACGUCCUCUGCCCCACCAUCCACUCUUUCUACCCACCAUCCAUGCAGGUAGUGUUGAAGGAAGGAGCAGUCCCUCGGGACUUCCUCAGAGCGGCCCUGCAAGCCGCCUACCUCCGCACUCUAUCUCCACACGUCCUCUGCCCCACCAUUCAUUCCCUCGCCCCCCAAGCGCGCACCCACGUCCAAGCCCGCGCCGCCGAGUUUUCCUCCUUGGGGAAGCAGAUCAAGGUAGUGUUGAAGGAGGGGGCACUCCCAAGGGAUUUCCUCAGAGCGGCCCUGCAAGCCGCCUACCUCCGCACCCUCUCUCCACACGUCCUCUGCCCCACCAUCCACUCUCUCGCACCCCAAGCGCGCACCCACGUCCAAGCCCGCGCAGCCGAAUUCGCUUCCUUGGGGAAGCUAGAGGUGCUGCAUGCUUCGUAUGACCGCAUGGCUGCGGGGUUUGAUGGGUUGUGUGAGGCGCUGAGAGCGAAUGGGUGGCGCUGUGACGAUGGCUUGUUGGCUCGGCCAGGAGACUGGCGACUGCUGCUGGCACCUGAGGAGAAGAGGAAAUGA